AGAUGGGUAACACAAGACCGGCUUAAUUACUGCAGCAAUACAGGCAUAAGAAUUUCUACGAGGAAGUCCUUCAUCCUAAACCGAAAACAUGGCGUUGGCAAAAGAGAAUAAAGAUGAAGAGUACUGCUACGCGCUGGCCAAAGCUCUUUACCAUGACAAAUGUCCUUUGACUAUUGGUCUGUAUAUACCAUGGGGUAGAUGCAAGGACGAUCUUCUUGACAAAAUUAGGACCCACCUGAAGAUAUCUCAACUGAAUAAAAAGGUCAAUGAGCAAAUUAAGCUAUUAAAAGGAAUUCAUCUUUUCAAAAUAAUUGUGCGCUUGUUAUUUUAUAAGCCUGUCAUCACAGAAAAUCACAAAGAUCUGAAAAGUAUCCAUUUUGUCUUCGUAAGGUUCAGUGCCUGGGAAUGCACAGGUAGUGACCAACUAUGGGCUGGCCUGGUUACAGCUCUUUGUGAUGGGGUUGAGCAUCAAUUUGGGCUGAUACCUCUUAGUAUUUAUCGUGCAUUAUACAAGAACAAGAAAAUUGAAAAUAGUAAAGGCUCUGAGAAAUGGGUUUCUAAGGAGUUUCUAAAAAUCCCACUGUGGCUUCUUACUUUAUGUGUGUUCCUCAUGGGAGUCUUGGUUUUUGCAUUGAUUUUAAAUACUGUGAUAUCUAACGAUAAAAUAUCUAUAUAUUUCGUAUACAGUUUUGUAUCUAUGUUUGGUCUUUGUACAGUAAAACCGUUUAUAAUGACCCUUGAAGUGACAAGAAAUUUAAUUUUGACUCAGAAAGUCAAAGUGUUAAAAAAACUGAAGAGGAAAGAUAUGAGCUCUCAGAUGGGCUUCAUGGCUGAUGUCAAGAAGGAGGUUGACACUAUCACUUCUUACCUUCAAAUGAUGGAAAUAUUCCAAAAUACGAAAAUAAGAGUCAUCAUAGAAAUCACUAAACUGGACAACUGCAUGCCAAACCGAGUGGUCGAAGUCUUAAACGCUAUAAAUAUACUGCUUUCUAAUGAAGAUGCACCAUUUAUAUCCAUCUUGGCUGUAGACCCUGGUAUCAUUGUUGAAUGUGUUGAAAAGUCAGACCUACUGAAAGGCAUGGCGAACAAUGGCUAUCUGUUCCUAAACCGGGUUGUCACAUUACCCUUUUCUAUCCCCCAGAUGAAUUACCAUACUAAGUCCGGUCAUCUGAGUUAUAUAAUUGACAGUAAAAAUAGUUUAAGAAGAAAAAUAACUGAAGAUAAAAGUAGGUCUUCUGAAAAUAAUCGACUCUUGGAGGUUAAAACAGGCAAAGGUAAUAAAGAUGAAGGAGCAAAUCAGUUAAUACGGGAGGCACUGGAGCACCUGAAAUCUGACGAAUGUCUUGAAUAUAUUACUGACAAUGUUAUCAACAUGAGGAGGAUUGUGAACUCCAUUGUCAUAACUCUCAGACUGAUGGCCAGAGAUAAUAAAUAUCAAGAAAUAAGCGCAAAUAAGGUAUCAAAGUGGGUGAUAAUGGCUGCCCAAUGGCCGUGUUCCUUCAGCUGGAUACUACAGUGCAUUGAAGAUGAGCAGCAGAGUAGAAAAGGCCAAGAUUCUCAAUACGAAAAAAUAAAACUGUGGGACAUUUAUGAGAUGUCCCUGGAUGCUUUGCAUGCUAAUAGGGAGAGUCUCAAACAGCUUCUGGAGUUGGAUGGGGAUCCAGAUACCUUCUGCAAACUACUAGAGUAUACUGAUUUCACUGUGGAAGAUGCAAACAAGUUAAGAACAUACACUGUCAACUUAGAUCACACCAUUCAAAGGAAGAUUGAACUCCUACAAGGUAGUUUUAACUUUUUGAGGUUCAAGAAGGAAAAAUCGCUGACUAGAAUGAAUUUAUUGAAAAUGAGCACAAGUCAAGUCUGUGACAAGAUGAAAGAGCUUAAUUUAAAACAUUGUGAAGACUAUAUAGAGAAGAUUGAGAAGCAUAAUCUGGAUGGAAAGGCUCUUCUUUACAGCAAAAAUGAAGAGAUAAGAGUAGCCUUGGGCAUGAAUCUCGGAGACUGGGUGAUAUUUAGAGCUAAAUUUUUAAGCUUGCCUACUCCAAACCUUUUCUUUUAA